UUAGUUUUCGCGGUACACGCAUCGGGGCGGUCUUACAGGUAUCGACAUUGUGGGAGACAAGAACACGUCUGUCGGUGCACGCAGGUGCCCAAAACAAACGCCCCAUCGUUGAGAAUCGAAACCCAUUACUGUUGUUGUAAACAGCAGAGCAUGUGUAGUUACCGCUGGUAGUAUAGCGUAAUUUAACAUCAGUUACACAUCAAUGAAACCGGUUGACUCAGACGAGGAGGACGCGCAGCAGCUGGGCGCUUACCAAAAGGAGCUGAGACAGCGGGCCAACCAGAGCAUACAGCAGCUAAGCAGUGCUUUGGAGCAGCUGAGCUCUGAUGGAGAAGAGGUGGAGGAGCCCAGAGGCAGAGACGGCAGCCUCUUCGCCGACGUGGCCGAAGAGGACACGGCUGCAUGGAGCCAAAAGACACAGAGCGAAGCAGUUAAUCAGCUGAAGAGCCUUCUGCUGAAGCAGGGCAGAGACAUUUCCUCUCCCCUCACUACUUCAAAGAAACAGUCUCCAUCCAAGAGAGUACAGCAGGAGGGACGGUCCAACUUGCCUGCUUUUCAGGAUUUGGUACCAAUGAUUCACAACCAGUCAGAUUACAUCCAACACCUGGAAGCUGAAGUCAAAUUGUGCAAGGAGGAGCUGCAUGAGAUGAAACAGCGAAUCAGAGUGGUAGUGGUGGAGAAUGAGAAGUUUCAUUCAGAACUCAAAUCCAAAGCUAUGGAUGAAUCACUGAAAGAAUACACAAUCCACAACUCUAUGGUGACUGGGAGUUUGGCAGCCAACAACCACAGCAUGCUGCACACAUCAGAACUCAGCACAUGGAAAAAUGAACUGGAACAAUUUAAAGUGAUCUACCAGGCCCAGAUUGAAAGCUUGGAGGCUCAGGUCAUCUCCCUCAGGAAGGAUCUGUCAGUCAGUCAGAAGGAGUGUGAGGAGGUGAAGGAUCGUCUGAGACACCGGGAGAAACAGGCUGCAGAUGCACUGAGAGCUGAUGGAGCUCCUCGUGUGGCAGGAUUGUGUCUGAACUGUGCUCAGCACGAAGCUGUGUUGGCUGGAACUCACACAAACCUGCAUGUCCAGACUAUUGACAGACUCAAAAAGGAGCGCGAUGAGUUACUGGUGGCUCUGCGUGCCGUGCGAGCUAGUCAGCAGGAGGCCCAACAGAGGGAGUGGUCAGCCUGUCUCCAAGUGAAGCAGGCUGUGGAGAUGGCUGAAGAAGCAAAUCUGUACAAAGCCAGGGUGGAGGUGCAGAGUGAGCAGCUGUCCAGGGAGCUGGCCCGACUUCGGGAGCAACUAGAACGAGAAGCACAUGCCUUCAAGGAGAGACUGGCUGAGGCCCGAGAGGAGGGCCGGGCUGAGGCCCGCAAACAGAGAGAGGAGCUGGCACAGACAGUGUCCAGCCUCUCCCAGCAUGUCGCUGAAUUGGAAGGAGAGCUAGACAGAGCUCACAGAGACAGGAGCUCACUGACCAGUCAGCUGGAAGAUACUCUUCGCCAACUUACCAGCCAGGAACAACACAAUACCCAGAUGUGUGUGGAUCUUCGAUAUCAGCUCAGCCAGGCCCAGCUGAAGAAAGAAGAGGCAGAGCGAGAGCUCCGAGAGCUCAACAGCAAGAGCAGCCGACGGAUGGAAAAGGCUGCGCAGGAAGUGGAAAGGCUGAGCUCAGAGCUGGUUGGCUGUCGGCAGCAUCUGGAGGUGGUCCAAAAGGACGGGAGCCAAUGGCAGGCCGAAGCCCUGAGCCUAGCAGAACAGCUGGCAAAUGCCCAGCGCCAACUGCACCUCACCAGACAGGACAGAGAGAGUUCAGAACGAGCUCACAAGGAGGAAAUGGUGUCUGCGACCCUUUCAGCGCGGGAUCGGAGAGAGCUGGCUUUGCUGCUGCAGCAAACGGAGGCUCAACAGCAGCAGAGAGUUGGAGAGUUGGACGGUCUUCUGAGUUCCCAGAAUUCCCUGCUCAGGAGGCUGAAGGAGGAGUGCUGCGGGCUGGGAGUCAAAUUAGAAGAACUAACAGAAAGUAGCGGCGGAGCACUGGAGCAGCUGGCCCUGGAGAAGCAACACCUGGUGGAGACGGUGAAGGGUCUGAGAGCUCGUUGCUCCGACAUGGAGGAUCAGUGUGUCCAGCACGGCCGCAUGCACCAGCGCAUGAAAAACAGGCUGCAGCAGUUGGACCGUCACUGUCAGAGCAGUGCCCAGCAGGUGUAUGAGCUGCUGGCCAAACAGAACCAGCUGAUGCAGGAGAGAAACACGCUCACUGAGGAGAUGCAAAGCCUUCACAUGGAGAGACGAGUCAAUACUGUGUCCACAUGAGUCGGUCCUGCCUGUUUCCUCCUCCUGUCUCUUUGGAUCUGGAUCUAAAGUCAGAAAUCUCUUGUUGACAAAAACACGUCAAACUGUUAUUUGUGUUGUUUUGUGUGUUCAUCCUUAUUGCAUUAUGGAACACUGCAUUAAUGUUUAAUUAACUGAACUGAAAAUCAGGUUUCCAUUGUAUAUACCACUAUAUUGGCUACAGUCUGUUGCUGUGAUAUAUUGAGUUGGUUAGAGGAACUAGAAUGUCGAGUUUGGCUUACUUAGAAAAGAAAAGUUUUCUUCUACGGAGUGAACGAACAAAAUCACUCAAACUAAAAUGAGUUAUAUCUUUAUUUGAAUAAAAUGUCCCCAGAUUUUUUGAGGAAACAUUUUAUAUAUAAUCCUUAACGCUGACUAAUCUUUCUUUUUUUAACUUAACGGAAAGUUUAGAAUAUCACUGGUAUUGAGCCACAGGACAAAAACAGUCAACGCCGUCACAGCAGAUUGACAUAGUGCUUUAUUGAAGCCGUCUGUAAGAAGGAAAAUAAUGUGCAUCCCCAUCAUAUACAUUGUAAAAAUACUAAGGAUGUACAGUGUAAAAAACAGCUUUGUGGUGAUGGUAAUGUGUUGUUUUCACAUCCUCGAGGCCUCACCGGCCAACAGCCCCGCAUCCCGACAGCAUGGGGGGCAGAAAAAGGCCGUUUGAUCGAUCUGCUGAGUUUCCCGACACAACGUCUCAGAGUCGAUAUCAGUUCUGCUCCGCCGACGCGUCAGAGAGGAGAGCUGGAUUCAGGAUAACAGGGCUUCAGGGAAACACGGCCCUCUCUGAGAACAGCUGGCAGCUGUCCACACGUCUCACACAGCUGUAAAGCUACAGUAGAUGGACAUGGGAUCGACUCAAUUACACUUUGUAUUAUUUGUACAUGUUUGCCGUUUAUAAAUAAAUGCACCUCAUGCUU